AUGAAUGGUAUUUUAAAUGCUUUUCCUGGUUUACCAAAAGAUGAACAAAAGGUUGAAGAAAAAGGUGAUUCAUCACAAAAGACAGCAUUUAUUAAAGCAUUAGUAUCAUCUUUGAAUGAUUUUGACAAAUUGCUUAUAUUAUUGGAUUGCCUUUUAUAUAUUCUUGAAACAUUUGCAAAAAAAAACCAAAUAAUGACGCAGCCAAAAUGGGGUCAUGAUGAUGAUUACUCUGCAAUAAAGUUUUGGGAAAAUAAAGAUUUACUUAUAAUUUCAUGUGAAAAAAAUGGUUGGUCUCCAAAGGCAAGAUCGUUCAGUAAUGAAACUGAAGAUUCAAUAUCUGUUGAUUUUGAGUUAGGAAAACAAUAUUCUCAAGCUAAAGGAUUUUAUUUCUUUGGUGUUUUUGAUGGACAUGGAGUAAAUGGAAUAGUAAAUGGAAAGGACCACAUUUCAAAAAUAUGUUCUGAGCAGCUACCGAAUAACAUUGCCAAAAAUUUAUCAAGAAAACAUACAAAUAAAGAAGAAAAUAUUAUAAAUGCUAUAAAGAAAGGAUUUGAAGAAACAGAACAAUAUAUGAAAUCAAAGCUUGUUAAAGAAGCACGAGAUGCUGGAUGCACAGCAUUGAUAGCAGUAUUGGCACCUUCAAAAGAGCUAUUUAUUGCAAAUAUUGGAGAUUCACCUGGUUUUAUUUCAUCAAAAAAAGUAUUUUCUGAACAAAUUACAAAAGAACAUGAUGUACAUAAUAAAGAUGAAAUUUUAAGGUUAAGACAACAAAAAAAGGAAAAAGAUGGUGUAGGUUUUUCAAUUUAUAGAUUGGCUCCCGGAAGAAGAGAAAAAUCUUGGGCAUUGGAUAAUACAUUUAGUCGUGGAAUGCAGUAUACACGUUCAUUUGGAGAUUUUUAUAUUAAGGAAAAAGCCCCAAAAAGUUUAAUAUCUGAACCAGAAAUUACAGAAAAAUAUGAUACAAAAGAAUUAAAUCUACUUGUUCUUUGUUCCGAUGGUAUUACAAAUCGUCUUAGAGCAUAUAGAAGAAUGCCAACUGAGGUUUUACUAAGUUAUAUUAAGCAACAUAUAAAUUCAGAAAAUCCAUUAAAACCAGCUUGUUAUGAUUUAGUCAGACUUUGUGAUUUAGUAUCUCAAUCAGGAUUUUGCAUUGAUGAUAUGUCAAUUUUAGUAAUAGUAUUUUUGAAUGGUAAAUCAUUAAAAAAAUGGUGUGAAGAUGCAACUAAGCAUGCUGAAAAUCCUGAAGAUUGGUUACAAUAUAGACCAAAGGAUGUUGAUGAUGUUUCGGAAAUUUCUGAUGAAGAUUUGGGUGAAGUUGAUUCUCCCAAAAGUGAUAAUAGUAGUUUUGAUAUUUAUGAUACAUCAAAUCAGUAUUCUAUUGAAGAGGCUGAAGAAUUUGUUGAUAUGACUAUUCCUGACAUUUAA